AUUAAUUAAUAAUAAAGCGAGUGAGUGAAUAAUUAUUUGCGGAAAUCCCAGCCAAAGUCUCCACAGGGCGAGAGAGAGGAUCCAAGGCACCACGAGGCCGGGACAUCGCUACUGACUGAGGGACGGCUUUCCUUCUCCGUGGGAGGUUAAAUGGAGUGGCGACCUUAAAUAAUCUCAACAAGUAAUCCUGGAAGUUGAGGACAGGCAACAAUUGAUGCGAAAAAAUGGUGCUUUCCAAGCCGGUCAAUAUCUUUUAUAGUCUCAUCGGCGCAUAUUUACAGCGGCUCUAUUAUAGUCCUUUAAAAACAAAAGCUAUAACGAGUUGCAUUAUUGGCGCCCUUGGAAAUGUGGCAUCUCAGAAAUUAUCCGGCGUCAAGUCGCUUAAUGAAGACAGUAUCUUGGCUUUUGCUCUAUUUGGAUUAUUGUUUGGAGGUCCGGUACCCCAUUACUUUUACACAUACAUACAAUUGUUCGUGAAGCAUCCUCUAGGAAUUCUUCUAAUAGAGAGACUCAUUUACACACCGUGUUUCCAAGCCUUUGCGCUCUAUCUACUUGCCAUCUUUGAGGGCAAAACUCAUCAAGUGGCAUAUGCUCAGAUUCAAAAAUUAUAUUUACCGACAUUGAUGGCUAAUCUGAAAUAUUUGACGUUGCUCCAUUAUAUUAACAUAAGAUAUGUUCCACCAAUGUUGAGAGUCUUGAUAGUUAAUUUGAUUGGUUUUGCAUGGAUUAUCUAUAUUGCCAAUAAAAGAGCAAAAGCUUUGAAAGAGAAGUAGAAAAACACGAGGAUCUAUUGUAAUCAUUAUUAUAAGUAUUUUUAUAAUCAAUAAUACGUUAAUGCAUAUGGGUGUGCUAUAUAGAUAAUGCUUCUUGAUAAUUUCAAAAAUCAAGAACGAUAAAAUAAUUUUAUAUAAAUACGUGUAACAAAUUUACUAAGUACUAACGGCACUCUCAUUGUACAAAGUAAAGUAAUAUUAUGUGAGUAAUACAUUCCAUCGUUAUAUU